AUGGGUGCCCGAAAGUCCAAGCGUCAGCUCAUUCGCGACGAGAAGCGCAAGAAGAAGCGUGACAGGGAAGUCGCCGACGACGAGAACCGCGCGACCAAACGUCAACGAGUACAGGACGGAGAGCCAGAGGGAGAUGGUGAGGGAGAUGGCCAGGACUACAUUCCCCUUGACGACGGAAAUGCCCAUGAACAGGGGCCACAUGUAGGGAGAGGAGGGGGUGGUGGCGGCGGUCAAGCCCCGGAGCGAGAGUUCUUCGGUAUGCUGGCGGACGAGGAGCAGGAAUACUUCCGAAGGGCGGACGAGCUGCUCGAGCUGAACGACUUUGGCUCGGCCGAAGACCGCGACGUCUUCCUCGAGAACGUGUACAAGGAGGCUGAGGGCAAGGAGCUCAAGCUGGCAAGCAGUCAAUCGUGCUCGCGGUUGAUGGAGCGGCUGAUCCUGCUGUCCAACACGAGGCAAAAGAAGCACCUGUUCGAGGCGUUUGCGGGCCAUUUUGCGUCCCUCGUUACGCACCGGUUCGCGAGCCACUGCUGCGAGAAGCUGUUCAUUCAGUCUGCCCCAGUGGUCACACAGGAGCUUGCGAAUGGCGUGGAAGAGGCGGUGGAAGAGGGUAGCGAAGAGGCCAAGCCCGCUGCGGCGAUGGAAGAACUGUUUCUCUUGACGCUUGACGAGCUCGAAGCACAUCUGACCUACAUCAUGUCAGACCGGUUCGCAUCUCACACUCUGAGAGUCCUCCUUGUUGUUCUGUCAGGGCGUCCUCUCGAUCAGGUUUCCACAAAGUCACUAAUACAGAGCAAGAAGAAAGAACACAUCACGGUGGCUGGCGCUUCGGCCUUGUCGGGCGAGCUGGCCUCCGAUACCAGAGCUGUUCCAGACUCUUUCGCAUUGGCCAUCCGAAAAAUCAUUGCCGACACGACAGCGGCCAUGGAUUCGACGGCCCUCCGCGUCCUGGCUACGCAUCCGACCGGCAAUCCAGUGCUUCAGCUAUUGCUCGACCUGGACCUCUCGGUGAACCAGAAGAAGAAGAAAAGCAAGAAGGGGGAGAAGGAAGAAGAACAGACAGAAGAACCCACUCUGUUGGAGCGGCUUCUCCCUGGUGCACCGGCCUCCCUCAGCAGUACCGAUUCUCCUGCUUAUGACCUCGUCAAUACUCUACUCUAUGACCCGAUCGGCUCUAGGCUGUUGGAAACGCUGAUUUCCAACUGCCCGGGCAGGAUAUUCAAAGCCUUGAAUACCAACAUCCUCGCGCCGAGGAUACACAGCUUCCUCCGCAAUGAUAUUGCUUCCUACCCCGCAAUCAAGGCCCUCAACCGGAUGAGCAAGGAGGAUCUAGUCGAGGCCGUCAACAAGACCCUGUCCCAAGUGCCGGUCCUCGUGGAAAAGGGGCGAUUUAACGUCCUCAAAGCUCUCUUCGAACGCUGUGAUGUACGAAACGCGAGGCCGGAAAUCGAUACUCUUCUCAAAGCUGUCUGUGCGGCCUACGAGGCCGAAGGCGAUGCACUGGUCACCAAACUGUGCUUCCUCGACGCAGACGAGUCCGCACCAAAGAAGGACGAACCGCAGGGAUUCGUCAAGAACAAGUCGGCCAUGGUGUCCCACGGAAGCCAGCUGGUCAUCACCCUUCUCGGCAUCCACGGCUCGCCGCAGAAGGCGAUCCAGAAGUCUCUGCUCGCCCUCUCGUCCGACGACAUCCUCAAGCUCGCCACCGCGCCGGCCACGGCCAACGUGCUGGUGAAGGCGCUCGAGACGCCCUCGCAGAACCCCGUGUUCCACAAGUCGCUGGUCGCAGCCCUCAUGCCGCACGCCGUCGCCCUCGCCGCCUCGCAGCAGGGCCACAACGUGCUCAACGCCGUCAUCGCGGCGCCCUCGCGCGGGGGCGGCGACAGCGGCGGCGGCAUCGCCGUGCCCUUCCACCUCAAGGAGGCCGUCAUGGCGCGCCUCGGCGCGCAGGAGAAGGGCCUGCGCGACUCGUGGACGGGGCGCAGCGUCUGGCGCUCGUGGAGGGGCGACCUGUGGAAGAACCGGCGCAGCGACUGGGUGCGCUGGGCCAAGGAGGUCGACCCGGAGGACGCGCGCGUGGCCGCCACGCCCAGGCUCAAGGCGGCCGGGCCGCAGGAGGGCGGGCGCGGCGGUGGGAGGAAGGGGUUCGGGGGCGGCAGGGCGAAUCCGAACAUGGUCGGCUUGACGCGCGACAGGAUGGCGGCGAGGGCGGAGACGAGCACCUAG